AUGAAUGUGCCCCAGAUCCAGAAGACCCCUGCUCCCAGCAUUGUUGUUGUCAAGAUGAACCCAUCAACUCCAGGUCCCAAAAACAUUGUUUUCAAAAAGACAACAUCUGAUAAAUCGAUUGCUGUCUACUUGGGCAAAAGGGACUUUGUGGAUCAUGUCACCCACACUGAUCCUGUUGAAGGUGUGCUUGUAUUGGACACUGGCUACAUUAAGGAUAAAAAAGUGUUUUGCAGAUUGCUCUGUGCAUUCCGCUAUGGACGUGAGGAUAUAGAUGUUUGUGGGUUGAAGUUCAGAAGAGACCUACAUGAGGCCACUGUGCAGGUCUAUCCACCUCCGUCAGGAGAAAAACCUAAACCCCAAACCAAGUUGCAGGAACGUUUGGCAAGGAAAUUUGGAGAUAAAGCUUAUCCAUUCAACUUUCAGUUCCCAGACUAUCUACCUUGUUCUGUAACGUUGCAGCUGGGUCCCAAUGAAAUUGACAAGCAAUGUUGUGGGGUGGACUUUCAAAUAUUGGCAUUCUGUGCAAAGACUCUCAGCAUUGAUGAGAAAAUCUCUAAAAGGAGUUCCGUGUCCAUGGUUAUCCGCAAGGUACAGUAUGCUCCUGAUAAACCAAUUUUUCGGCCAGUGGCUAAAACUACCAGACAAUUCCUCAUGUCAGAUAAACCUCUCCACUUAGAAGCAUCACUUAACAAAGAGAUUUAUUACCAUGGUGAGCCAGUUGAAGUCAGUGUUGAGGUGACCAACCAUUCCACCAAGACCGUGAAGAAGAUAAAAGUAACAGCUGAUCAGAUUGCAUCAGUGUUGCUGUACUCUCAUGACAAAUACAGCCAGACAGUGGCUACCGAGGAAAUGGAUGAACAGGUGGCUCCAGGUUCCACUCUAAAGAAAGUCUACACUCUCUAUCCUAUCAUUGCUAAUAACCGUGAGAAGCAUGGUGUGGUGCUGGAUGGAAAACUCAGACAUGAGGACACCAACUUGGCUUCUACCACUAUCUUAAAAGAAGGAAUUGAUCGAGAAGUUUGGGGAAUUCUUGUUUCCUACAAAGUAAGGGUGAAAUUGAUUGUAUCUGGGAUGCUGGGGGAUGUUUUGUUCAGUGAUAUUGCUGUGGAUUUACCCUUCUUGCUCAUGAACCCCAAACCCCAAACCGAAAGCCUUAUUGAUCAUGAUGACAUUGAGUUUGAAGACUUUGAUCGGGGUGGUCCUAUGGCAGUGACAGAAGAUCUCAAGGAAGGUUCUGAGUCUCCCUUCAGCAACUCAGUUGCCUCUAAAUAG